AUGGAGAUUACGUUUGUUUGUCUUGAGUUCAUAUCAUCGUCGUUGUUUGUUUUCGUCCAGGCAAUCCUGGUAACAUCAACUGGCUGGGCAAAUGCAGAAACAGUCGAUGUCGUUUAUGAUUUGCUGCAUGAUGACAUUCCUGUCGGCAUGUGGGAAUUCUUUGAUUUCAAUCAGUCUGUUUCGCCUGACAGCAGCGUCGGGACAAGACAUAUAACCGUAAAAAAAAAGGAGACGGGGAAUGUUAUCAAUGUUCCUUCCAACAAAUAUGCAGAAAAGAACGUGUUUCUUGACCCUCUGGCUGCAAAAACAGUGUUUGAAUCCGAGCUUACUUUUACCCUCAUUCCCCUCGAUGUCCAGCAUCAAGAAAUAUUCACAAAGAUCGUUGAAGAGCUGCGCUAUACAAGAAAGCUGCCCAAGGCUUUGUUUUCCUGGCGCCUACUAUUAGCAUUACAAAGCUUGCAACUAAAGAAUCAUAGAUAUCAACACAUGCUGUAUAUUGAUGAGAAACAGGGCAUAUUAGUCAAAGUCUUAGCAAAUUUGGAAUCUUCGGGAUAUUAUGAACUCUUUGCAAAUCUACUUGGUGAUGAGAAACAGUCAGCUGUUGGAAGCUUUGAGGAGCAGAGAAGUAUUUAGAGUAGGUUAACAAAAUGAACUCAUAUCGAUCACACGAUUAGUAAAACAUUGUUUGCUUGAAGGCGGCCAAGGUUGUGACGCUAUAAGGUCUCCCUCGAGCAAUAACUAACUACAUCCACGUAUUGCCAUUAGUU